GAACGAGACAGCUCACCCGACACUCUCCGGAUCAAGCUGCCCACACCAUCCACUUUUCUCCGAACAAACAAAUUUCCAAUACGUCUCUCUCUCUCUCUUUCUCGCAAGCAAAAGCCAAUGAAAUCGAAAGCGUAUGCAAGAGGAUCGACAGUCAAUUUUUCUCCAAUACACGACUGAUCAAUCUUCCGAAGCAAAGACUUGUCUCUAUGCGAUUUCCCCCAAAUUUGUUCUAUUCUUGAUUUCUUAGCUCAAUCCAAUUUUUAGCAUCCCAAUAAUUUCCUUGUCCGGUUAUUAGUUUUUUGGGGAAUAAAUUUACCGAAAGCUAAAAGGAGGUGAUAAUCGAUGUCGCCAGCUCCAAUUGAGCAGACAUUACAGGAAUCGAGUUCUUGCUUGAGAUCCUCGUCUGUUGAUGACAAUCGCGGUCGUUUUGCGAGCCUCAGAGGCGUACAGUGGCGCAUAAAUCUCGGGGUUUUACCGUCGUCUUCUUCUUCAUCUCCUUCUCCUUCGAUUGAUGAUCUUCGCCGUGUCACUGCUGAUUUCCGGAGGAGGUAUGCGGGUUUAAGAAGGCGUCUUUUAGUUGAUCCACAUGUACCCAAGAAUGGAAGAAAUUCACCUGAUCUUGUCAUGGACAACCCACUCUCACAGAACCCAGAUAGCACCUGGGGUCGCUUCUUUCGAAAUGCGGAACUGGAAAAAAUGGUUGAUCAGGAUCUAUCCCGUUUAUACCCAGAACAUGGAAACUACUUUCAGACACCUGGAUGUCAAGGCAUGUUAAGGCGAAUCUUGUUGCUGUGGUGCCUUAGACAUCCGGAGUAUGGAUACAGACAAGGAAUGCAUGAACUUUUGGCUCCUCUGUUAUAUGUUCUUCAAGUUGACACUGAGAGACUUUCUGAAGUGCGGAAACUUUAUGAAGACCACUUCACUGACAAAUUUGAUGGCUUAUCAUCUCAUGAGAAAGAUCUUAUUUAUAAUUUUGAUUCCAAAAAACUUGUCGAUUCCAUUGGAGAUGAGAAUAACUCACAUGGUAAUGCAAUGACAGUUGGGAGUCUUGAUGAUCUGGAUCCUGAGAUAAGGACAAUUGUAAUGCUAAGCGAUGCUUAUGGUGCUGAAGGUGAGCUGGGUAUUGUAUUAUCUGAGAAAUUUAUUGAACAUGAUGCCUACUGUAUGUUUGAUUCUUUGAUGAGUGGGGCACAUGGCUCCAUUGCCAUGGCAGAUUUCUUUGCUCCUGCCCCUACAGGUGGGUCCCACUCUGGCCUACCUCCAGUCAUUGAAGCUUCUGCUGCAUUGUACCAUUUGUUGUCAAUCGUCGAUUCAUCUUUGCAUAGUCAUCUUCUUGAGCUUGGUGUGGAGCCCCAGUACUUUUCACUUCGCUGGUUGCGUGUUUUAUUUGGACGAGAGUUUUCACUUGAAAAUCUUUUGAUAGUUUGGGAUGAGAUUUUUGCAGCAGAUAGUUGUAAUAUAGAGAACAAUACUGAGGAUGAUAUAGGUUCGAGCUUCAGGAUACUUGGAUCACCUCGUGGAGCAUUUAUUUCUGGCGUUGCAGUUUCCAUGAUACUUUACAUGAGAUCUUCCUUACUCGCAACUGAAAAUGCAACUUCAUGUCUACAGAGACUGUUGAAUUUUCCAGAGAAGAUAAAUUUGCAAAAGCUGAUGGAGAAGGCAAAAUCAUUACAGGGUCUUGCAUUGGACACUAAUAUCAUGUCCUCUCAUUUGUCUAAUGAAGCAUAUAAUGAUAGUAAAUCAGCUGUGCCGAGAUCUCAAAGCCUUCCAUCUCAUUCUAUUUCCCCCAAAACUCCACCAAAUGUGGUACCUGAAAGCUAUUGGGAAGAAAAAUGGAGAGUUAUGCAUAAGGCUGAAGAACUUAGGCAAAAUAGUUUAGGAAAAGAAAACCCAACACAGAAGAAAAGAUGGUCAGAAAAAGUAAGAUUGCGCCUAUCAAGAAGAGAAUCUGCCCCGUCUCCAGCAAAAGUUAAAAAUGUUACGAAUGACCCUAGGUCAUUUGUCAGGCGAAAUUUGUUAGAAGAUUUGUCCAGGGAACUGGGCUUGGAUAAACAUAGUGAGGAAGCAGGCUGCCACGAAGCUUUUAGCCCGAAGCACCCUCUAGCUGCUGAAGUUGAGCCUGGAGAAGACAUUGUUCAUAAAAACUUCACUUGCACGGGUGAAGAGGGAUGUUUAAAUGGAAAUGUUGGCAGUGAGGAAAACUCGUCUGUAUUCUCAGAUCCAUCAAGUCCUCGUAGCGGUGAUAACGACCUUGAAAAUGAGUCAGAAAAAAGUAGCUCCACAUCAAAUAUAUCCAUUGAUGAAAACGAUGGCCAGCCCCCAACUGCAGCAGAAGAAUCAACUCUUCCAAUUUCAGAUCCCCCUGAAAAUCGUGAUACAGAUUCUGAAUGCAACGAUGAAUUUGUGGGGAAACCAGUGACAGGAUUGAAGGAGUGGAAGCUUCUAUCCGGUAAGUUUCAGUGGUUUUGGAAAUUUGGGCAGGCUGCUUCUGGUGAGGGCACAUCUGAGAAAGGACAAGCGGCGGUUGAGGCUUCCAACUCUUCUGCUGGUGGAAGUAAUCAGAGCAAUGCAUUGGAUUCUUCUGCUGCGAAUGAACCUUGUAUUGCUUCAUCUAGUGGCAAAGGAGAUGUCGUGGACCAGAAUGUGAUGGGCUCGUUGAGAAAUCUAGGACAGUCUAUGCUGGAACAUAUUCAGGUAAUUGAGUCUGUUUUCCUGCAAGAACGGGGUCAGGUCGGAUCGCUGGAGAACUUUUCCAAGAAUGUUCUGGUUGAAAAAGGACAAGGGACGGCCAUUACAGCUCUUAAAGAGCUCCGUAAAAUCAGCAAUCUCUUAUCUGAGAUGUAAAUUGAGCUCCAUUUAUAUUUUAUACCUGUAUAUACAUUUGUUCGUUAUCAUUUUUAGUGACUUCUCUGUUUAAUAAAACCGAAUUUUUGGAACUUUUGGAGAGGCAAACAUAUAAAUACCAAUUUCGGUCAUCAUUCUUGAA